ACUUAUGUCGUAAUCACUGAUCACUGGGGUCGACAAUUCCUACAAACUUCAUCUAAAAUGGCUUCCAAGUCUCUUGCUUCAUGUAUCUUCUGCAAGAUCAUCAAAGGCGAGAUACCGAGCUUUAAACUCAUUGAAACAGACCUCUCCUACUCGUUCCUCGACGUUGGUCCUAUCGCCAUUGGACACUCAAUGGUCAUUCCGAAAUACCAUGCUGCCAAGAUGCACGAACUUCCAGACGAAUAUCUUGCGGACGCUCUGCCAAUCGCAAAAAAGAUUGCGCUUGCACAAGGUGCAGAGAAUUACAACAUUCUACAGAAUAAUGGAGCCCUGGCCCAUCAGGUCGUCCAACACGUUCAUUUCCACGUCAUCCCAAAGCCCAAUGAAGAAGAGGGUUUAAUUGUCGGUUGGCCCGCCAAGGAAGUUCCAAAGGAAGAAUUACAAAAGGUGUAUGAAGAGCUGAAAGGAAAACUGUGAUCGGAAAACGGAGUAUUAAGGAAAUUUUGAAUAACGUGCCGGUUAUAUCCCUUCCUUUCCUCUCCUGUGCGCUUUUGUAGGGGUUCGUGUUUCGAAUAGCGAUGUGCCGCCGUGCGAUCUUAUGCAGUGUUGUCAUCUGUUGUCAUAUGGGCUGCCCCCAAGCCAAGACUUUUCGACUGUUCACCACAAUUUUGCUCGUAAAGUUGUAUAGUCCUCUCGAGUUUACACUGCUGCCACUAGACUCCUGUAACUUCGAGUCCUGUGUCGCCUCUCCUGCACAAUAGCAGUGUGGUGGCAUGUCUCACUGAUUGUAUAGCCAAGGUUGUUCAUUUCACUCUCGCUUCGGGAUAUAUCCGAA